AUGUGGCUAGCUGGGCAAUUGGUGAAGAUUGAAGGAAGAGUGGUAGUUGAAGCAGACAAAGUAGGUGCUAACAAAUACAUCAGAGUGACUUUGAGUAUAGAGCUUGAGAAGAUGAAGUCGAACUUGUUGAUGGAAUUUCUUACCUUUUCUUUGCCCUCAAUCAAAAUUUUUGAAGAACCCUAA